UUACGUAAUAAAAGCACACUCACUUCACGUGUGUAUACAGCUCCUAAACAAAGGACCUAUAGGCCUUAUAAUAAUGGGGUCAGGGUAAAAUAAUUUUUUUCAUAUAAAAACAGGCUGAAUCGGACAUUAAGAAUUGCACUAAGUAGUACUGACUGCGACAGACGUCCUACUUUGUCACCUUAGGUUUGUCUGUCAACAUUAAACAAACAGUGGCUCGGGGCAAUGUGCGUACACGUUCUAUGAUCUGAUGAUAUCGGAAACCUUCGACCUGUUAGUGUAAAUCCACAACUGGUCAAACAUGGCUCUCGCGGAAAUUGAGAAGACAAUAGCAGGUGUAUGGGUUCUGGAAAGGAACGAGAAUUUGGAUGAAUACUUAAAAGAAAUCGGUGUGAACUUUGUGCUCCGGAAGUUAGCCGCGGCCGCCAGCAGCACUAUGACGAUCUCUGUUGAGGAUGGACAGGUGCGGAUCCACACCAAGGGGCCUAAAGAUUCCGACCAUAAAUUUCACCUGGAUACCGAGGUGGAGUCCAGCGAUCCUCAGGAUAACCCAAUGAAGGCGGUCGUUAAGUGGACUGAGGGUAAAUUAGUCACACAUUCCAUGCCGACAGCGGGGUCAAAGGCGAAGGAAACCAAAGUUACUCGAGAGUUGGUGGACGGGCAGCUGAUCAUGGCAACGGUGACCUGGAAAGACGGGAAACUAAUAACAGAGGCCAAACCGACGGAGGGGUCAAAGGGCAAGGCCACCCGCGUGGAGAGAGAGUUGGUGAAUGGGGAACUACUUAUGACAGUUUAUAUCAACAACGUGGUGUGUCGAAGAAUAUUUAAAAAGAAAUGAGAUCCGCCACUUUCCCCUGCACAGACUAGAUUUGCUCAGUAUUACAUACGUCACAAUAUCUGUUGUAUUGACCAGUAUCAUGACAUGACAUUUCUAUAAUGUAUCUGGACCAUGUACAUGUAUCCAAGCUGAUAUUCAGCCCGGGCGACUAUACUUUUGUAUAUGUAUGGUUGUUUUGUUUUUUGUGGUUUUACAAAACCAACAAACGAGCGUCAUUCUUUCUAUAAAGUACCAUAAAACGUGUAAAGCUAGUGACAAAUUUAUAAUUGUUUAUGAGGACCAACAAAUUGUUAUAUGCUUGACAAGAAAUCUAAUAAACAAGUCUUAUCAAG